AACAUUAUUUCUCAAUAUGGCUUAUCAUAAAAUCUCUACUCUUGUUUUUUUCUUGGUGUUGGGCAUAGGCAUAUGCACCGCCACCAGAGCCCUCCUCACUUAUGAACUUGGAGGACAUGUUGGUGUCGGUGUUGGUGUAGGUGGAUAUGCAGGAGGCGGUGGUAGUGGAAGUGGUGGAGGUGGUGGUGUUGCUGGUGGUGGAGCAGCAUAUGGUGGUGGUGCAGGUGGAGGAAGUGGUGGUGGUGCAGCUUACGGAGCCGGAGGUGAGCAUGCUGGUGCUUACGGUGGCGGUGAAGGUGGAGGCCAUGGAAGUGGAUCGGCAGCUGGUGGGGCUGCAUAUGGAGGUGGUGCGGGUGGAGGAAGUGGUGGUGGUGCAGCAUAUGGAGCCGGUGGUGAACAUUCAGGUGCUUAUGGUGGUGGUGAAGGUGGUGGCCAUGGAGGCGGAGCAGCUAGCGGUGGUGCAGCCUAUGGUGGUGGUGGCGGUGGUGGUAGUGGUGGUGGUGGAGCUUACGGUGCAGGAGGAGAGCACGCUGGAGGAUACGGAGGUGGCGAAGGUGGAGGUCACGGAGGUGCUUAUGGUGCUGGUGGUCAUGUUAGUGGCGGUGGGGGAGGAAGUGGAAGUGGAGGUGGAUCGGCUUAUAGCGGUGGAGCUGGCGGAGGUGCGUAUGGUAGUGGCGGCGGAGCAGGUGGUGGAUAUGGAGGUGGUGCUAGUGAAGGAGGCCAUACAUCUGUAUCUGGAGGAGGAGGUGGAUCUGGUGGUGGAGGUGCUUAUGCCGGUGGUAGUGGCGCCCAUGCUGGUGGAUAUGGUGCUGGUGGCGGUGAAGGAGGUGGUCAUGCAGGAGGAUACAUGCCUUGAAAACAAGUUACUUUAAGUGCAUGCAUGCAUGCAAUCAAUUAACCAUGCAUAUUGGAAACCUAGCUAUGUCUUCUUUAAUUAUUCAAUACUGUUUUUCUUAGUAUUUGCUUUCCUUAACAAUAAGGCUUGUGAUAAUAGUUGUACUUUGCAUGAACUGUAACUAAUAAUAUAUGUCUAUAUGUUUGGUGCUUACAAUGUGUGGUGCACCAAUUUGUAUUUGUAUUUGUAUUUGUAUUUGUAUUUGUAAUUUGGAAUUUGGAUCAAUUAAGUGUUUCUUCAAUUAAAAUGUUAUCUUGCU